ACCGGGGUUUGCUCCGGAUGAGGCGAGCAGCUUGUACACUACUAUACGCACAAGAGCACCUUGCAACGGCAAGCGAAUGCAGGAGAUCAGCAUGUGGUUGGUUUUGAUACCCAAUGGAAAAGGGGAGGGGCUCAAAGAUGGAGAGAUGCAAAGCCCCUCUCAGACGAGGUAAAACAUGCAUCGGUCUUACAAAAGGGAAACCAAAAAAAUUCACACAAGACACACCGGACGAGAAGGUUGUCGCAUUUGUUCCAUGGAUUCUGGGGGAGUUUUUGUUUUGUUCCGGUGUAAUUUUUCACCCUGUUCUUUUUUCAUUUAAUCCUUCUUUAGUAUCUUUUUUUUCUUCUCUUUUUCUCUCAUCCCUCUUCUGCUUCAUAUCAGGCGUUUAAAGAGGGAGGGGCCAGGGUUUACUCUAUUACAGAGCAAGGUUGGCCAGGCAGGGUUAUAGGGAGUGUAUAGUCUACG